UGUUUUAAAGUUUGUCAAGAUGUUAUUAAAAUUAUCAAUCGCCUUAACAAGUUGCACAUUUAUUGCGAUUAAUAUAUGUUAAAGGACAAAUUAGUAAACAUUAUGUGUCCGUAAGAAACUUAUUUUAUCUUGAAAGGCUUUAGUUAGUUUAGAAUGCUUCCGGAGCCACUUAAUAUUCACGAUGAAGAAUUUUGUACUGCAUUUUAUUUUUCACUACGAAAAAAUAAUGCUAUGCAAACGCAGUCUCGGAUAACUAAAUGAAAUACAAAUAUUAAUGGAGGAUGGCAUCAUUUUUGACAGCCAAAGCAGUACACUGUAUCAUUCUUGCCAAUAUAACAACAGGUUUCAGCAACUACAGCCCAAAUUUUACCCAACCGGAACAAAAUGAGUCUUUUUGCUAUUUCCCAAAGUCCUGUGUGAAUGACACUUAUUGCAUGCCAGACAUCUUAGGAAGACGUUGUGACCUGUGUGCAAAUGAAGAGGUGGAAACAUUAAUUCUUCCGGAUGAGAUGAUAGCGAAUAUCAGUGCUACUGUCUGUGCACCUUGCUUUUUCCCUCAGAACUGUAUGAACUUGACCACCUGCUCAGCUGGCACCUCGGGCAGAAACUGUGAACGCUGUGGGGGACUGUCUGGCCUAGAAAAAGAUCACCAUCUUGUUGGAAACUACUGCUCAAAAUGUCCUGCAUUUCCCUUGUCUUUUAUUGGAUUGUUCGUCUUUGUAACAAUGCUUAUAUCAAGUCUGCUUGUCAAUGGAUUUUCAAAUUCAGUGUAUACCAAGAUGAAAAUCUUACUGGAUUUUGUUCAGUUUGUCCUGCUUUCAUUCCAUAUAAAAGUUGAUUGGUCAUCUUCCAUGACAAUUCUGGGUGAAGUCGCAAAAUUAGCCACAUUCAACACUAAUGUACUAUUUGCAGAUUGCUUACUAAGUGGAAUGGAGUACCACCACUACAUGGAAUGGGCAUCAUCACUUUUAAUCCCAACAGUUGUAUUUUUUAUAGGACUUGUUUCUGACAGGCGAGAGAGACGUAAGGCUAGUGGGACGCAGAAUGAAAUAACAAAAGCAAUAUGUGAGGUGAAAUGUUUCAAAAUUCGUCAUGCGGUUUACUUCAUUCUGCUUUGUUACUAUUUACCAUUAACGGUGUCGGCUAUUCACAGCCUGUCAUGUACAGAGUACUUUGGAAAGGUACAAGCUUCCCAGACGACUAUAUUUAGAAGCUGUUUUUUAUAUGAUCUUAGUAUAAACUGCAACGGCUUUUUGUUUCAGACUUUGCAGUUUUUGCUUGGAUUACUUUUUAUAUUAUUCAUUUUGCCAUUUCCUAUUGGAAUCCUAUUCUUCACUCUGCGACAGCGAAAGUGGCAUCUCCUUGACGUAUAUUCUCUUAAAUAUGGAUAUACUUUUAAUGCCUAUACUCACCGCUUCUGUUUCUGGGAGGUGUUCAUACUUCUACGGAAGGCAAUCAGCAUUACUCUGACAGACACCCUUUUAAUAGACCCAUACCUCCAGGCUUGUUCUUUGCUCUCUAUGUCUGGAUUGUAUCUUGCGCUUCUGAUAUUUGGACGACCAUUCAGGCCAUGCCACUGGAAACACCUAAAACCAAUGUAUAAUAAUAAUCUUCUGCUUGAGGUCCUUUCCUGUUUGUGUUUGGUUAUACUGCAGUGUUCAGCUUUGAUUAACAUCACCAAGGGGAAUAAGGAAGCCUUGGAUUUACUCGUCUAUAGUUCUGUAUUGGUAUUUCUUGUACUGUGGUGUCUGGUCAUGUAUCUGGUGAAAAACGAGUCUACGGACCAAGAGCCAUUGAAAAUGUGCAAUCUCCAGGAAGAGAAGCCCAUUGAGAUGAAAACCAUUAAGCAGAAAUCCACUGAAGAAAAGGUCAGUGAGGAAAAUGACAGUGAGCCAGAGAUCAGCAAAGAGAAUUCCAGCAAAGAAAAGAUUAAAGAGGAAAACUACAGUGAGGAAAAUAUUAACCAGGAAACCUCCAGUGGACCAAAGAUUGUUAUCUCCUUUGAGCCACAGACAAAUAAGCAGGAUUCUAGUAAGUCAUUGAACAAAGAGCAGAAAACCGAUGAGCAGAACACCAGUAAGUCACAACCUGCUGAGGAAACAUCCAAUGAACAAAAACCCAUCGCGCAGACGUCUCAUAGGCCAAAACUCAUCGAGCACCAGUCUGUAGAGCAGAAGCUCAUUAAGUCCCGUUUCCAAACGUUUUGUGAUUCAGUGCCUAGCGUACCAGUGUCCAAUAAGCAGAAGUCCACGGAACAACAUCACACUGAUCCAGAGGACCAAAAUCAGAACUUCAGUCAUCUGGACUCGAGUGAGUUCAAGUACAAUGUGUCCAACUCCAGUGAGCAGAACAGUAUUGAGCCAGAAUCAUGUAAUGAGAACUCCAGUCAUCUGAACUCUUCUGGGCUGAUGUACAAAGUGUCAGACUCCAGUGGACAGAUGUCCAUUGAGCCAAAGUCCUGUGGUCAGAAGUUAAGUCAAACAAACUCUAAUGAGCCAAAGUCUGGUGUAACAGUGGCCAUUGUAUCAAAUCCUAGAGAGCAAAAGACCAGUAAGCAGAGAUUUAGUGAUCCUAAUGAUCCAAAGACCAAUGAGCAGAAGUCCAGUGAUCCUGAUGAUCCAAAGAUCAGUGAGCAGAAGUUUAGUGAGCUGGAUAUCAAUGAGCAGAAGUCUAGUGGAUCAAAGACCAGUGAACUAAAGUCCUGUGUGUCAAACACUAGUGAACAACAUAAGUCUAGUGAGUCAAAACCCUGUGAUCAAAACUCCAGAGAGGCCAAGUUUGAUGUGUCAAAGUCCAGUGAACUGGAGUCAACAGAGUCCAAUGUGUUACCAACCACUGGGCAAAAAUCUAGUGAGCCAGAUUUCAGUGAAUCUAAGUCCAGUUAGUUAGUCUAUUUAGUCAGGUGUGUUAAAAUCCAGAGUUUCAGUCCAUUGUGAUAAUGGCCAUCAAGCCAAAUUCUGGUGAAUCAAUGUUAAACAUGUCAAGAGUUCACAGAACCAAAAUCUUGUGAUCCAGGGGUAUAUGGUCAAAUUCCAUGGUGUUCAAAUUCAGUUUGUUAAUGUCCAAAAAGAAGAGAUCUAGUAAGUCAAAGUCUUGUGUCAAAAUCCAUAGUGUUAAAGUUUAUUGAUCCCAAAUCUACUAAAACAAAGUCCAAUGUGUCAAAGUUUAUCGAGCCCAAAUCUAGAGAACCAAAGUCCAAUUUGUUAAAGUUAAUUGAGCCAACAUUCAGUGUGUCAAAGUCCACCAAGCAGUAGCAAUAAAAGAUGACAAUGUUAAUAUACUUUUCAGCAGAAGUGACAUCGGUCAAGUUCGUUUUCCACUAAUGACAUUGGAGUUAAAUAUUAGUCAGAAUCACACUUCAGCCACAUUUUAUUCAUACCCAUCACCUCUUUUAUUAAGUCAAUCUUCUAAUUUCAAGUCCUGAGACAAGCAAAAAUUUUCAAAUUAAUUUAGGUUACAAGUCGAACCAGGUUUUGAAAUAAAGAAAUUUAUUUAGUUGUAAUGUUUAAUGGACAAGUAGUUGAAAGCAUUGUCUUUACAUUUUGAAGCAAAAAGUGACUUUAUAAAUAAUGGAAAACUGCCAUUGUGCAACAUAGAGCUGCUUUGACUUUUUAAAAAAAGAGAAUAAACUGGUAUCAUUGAUCCAGUAUUUCUUGAAAUAUUGAAAUAGUUUCAUAUAAUCAAUUUUGCAACAUUCUCUCUGCCCGAAAAAAGUUUUUUUUAAUUGUUGCAUUUACCAAAUAAAAAUAUUUUUCACUGCAGUAGCCAGUUGUGUUCUUAAUAUAUUACACAUAAAUCUUUAAAAAUAAUUCCCAUUGCCCCCCCCCCCCCCCGCCCCCCCCCCCAACAGGCAUUUAUCUCUCAUAUUAUGGUGUGCCAUAGUAGCAGGUUUACUAUUCAAAAUAACAAUAAGAUUGAAAGCCUGUUUGGUCUGUUAUUGAUAAAGUUGUUAAAAAAGAUGGAUUAUUCAUUUUAUGACUUGCAAGCGAAGACUUAGUACUAAAUACAAAACAAAAAAAACGUUUGCAGUAUUUCCUGAAAUAUUUAUAUUAAAUAAUUUCAUAUAAUUAAUUUUGCAACAUUCGCUCUGCCCGAAAAAAAAGCUACAAUAUGCACAAUUUGAACUCGCAUUUAAUAAGUGCCCCCUCCCCAGUUGCUGCCAUCUUCCGACACCUAUGUGGUUGCAUUUACCAAAUAAAAGUAUUUUUCACUGCA